UCCCGGAAAUACACACUUAUUCGACACCAGUGAAGAAGAAAAAGUAAAUUGCAACAUGGCGACUCCCAUGCACAGAAUAAUAGCCCGGAGGCAGGCGGAGGCCAACAAGCAAAAUGUGCGCUGCCAGAAGUGUUUGGAGAUGGGACACUGGACGUACGAGUGCACGGGGAAGAGGAAGUAUCUGCACAGGCCUUCAAGAACAGUGGAGAUGAAAAAGAAACUGAAGGAGAACGAGAUGAAACAGAACAGCAUCACCGGGCCAGGAAGAGAAGGCUCCAAUGAGAAGAAAGUAAAGAAGAAGUCUAAAGACUCCAGCGACAGCAGCAGUGAUUCAGACAGCUCGUCCGCUGACUCAUCGUCCGACAGCAGUGACUCCUCCAGCUCCUCGUCAGAUGACAGCGACAGCAGCAGUGACAGUGACGAUGACAGCUCUUCCUCCUCCUCCUCUUCCUCCUCCUCUUCAUCUUCAGACAGCUCAGACUCAGGAAGUAGCAGUGAUUCAGAUCAAGGGCCACCAAAGAAGAAGAAAAAGAAGAAAUGAGCAAGUUGUUGCAAUAAAUGUUUUUUUUUUUUUCUGUUUUAUGCUUUUUUUUUUAUUUGGCCAAGUUCAAUUUUAGAUGUACACUUGGUUAUGAUUUUUUUUUUUUUUUUUUUUUUGAGGUUACUGUACUUAAAUCCAUCACAGUGGGAUGGAUCUGAAUUUCUGAUUUCAGCUUGUGAGUCAUUCAGGUGUUUACUACUCCUACCAAUAGUGGAUUAUGGACUAGAAUUGGUUUUGAGUCAUGCAGAUAUUUUUGCUGUCUUGUUUUGUUAUCAAAGCAUCUUUUUUUUUCCUGUCACUUGUGUUAAUGUGAUAUAUCCUCAACUUCACUGUUCUGUCAAGAUGUCUGUUUUAAAUAGUUCGGAUGGAAUUUCAUGUUGAAUCUUGUGAAUUUGUACUAAAGUAUAUUUUUAGUCAAAGCUUAAAUCUGUACAGCUCACAGUCUUUUAAAUCUUAUCAAAAAAAAAUCCUCAUAAGCCAAUACAAUACCUAGAACUGAAAAGGCAUUAAAGGGAAACCUUUUAAUGGAAACUGAAUAAAAAUCGUCUUCGUGGUCUGUU